UGUCCCUGCCUCCUAAGCCGGAUAGUGAGGUUGUUGCCCAUCCUGCAGCCAGAGCAGGGGCUAGAGGGCAUCAUGGCGAGUCUCCACUGCAUCCAAAAGGACCUCGAGGGAUUAUUGUUGCUCCUGGCAGCAUUGAGCACAGAAGUGAAAACCGACCCACCUCCUGGAACUAUCCAAAGAGAAUGCCGAGAUCGUUACUUCUACAUCUGGAUUGAUAAGAGCUUUUUGUUUUCCCAAAACUGGAACAUUGAUGCAAGUGAUGAUUCUAGAAACAAGUUUCCGCUGACUCCUCAGUUUACAGCCAUGUGUGGCUUCACUGUCACCUCCGAUAAAUGGGGGAAUCCAGAGAUCAGAGCUUCUUUCCUGGCCUGUUUGGUUCAGAAUGACAACGAUGAUACCUUCUCACUCAACAUCCAUUUAAAUAUUGAGAACCAGUUCAUUCCUGGUCUCUUUUCCACUUACACUUUCUCCAUGACCUGUGGACUUGGAUAUCAAUGGAGUUCCAGGGAAAUAGUUUGUGAAGAGAACUAUAUGGAGGUUUCUGUUAGAAGAUUGUUCCCUGGUAUUGCUGAAGAACAAAUGGAGAUUGAGGACUGGGAAGCAGUUAUACCAGCAGCUCAAGAGGCCAUUACCUCAGUCUGGCAGAUUGUAUUCCAAGUGGCUGAAGGGGAGAUCACACAGCUCAAGACUAUGACAACCACAGAAGCUCAUGCUCUUGGAUAUGGUGUUAACACAACUGCUUCACGAGUUGUGUUCAGAGCCCCUUACAAAUCCAAUGAAUCCAGCAUUAUAAUGAUUGACAACAUGCCAGUUGAAAGCAUUAAGGCAACAGUCUUCUACAAGCAAAGAUGGCUGAUCCUGCUCGUUGACAGCUCAAUUGCUUGCCCAAUUGGUCCAGCAAUCUUGAAAAACGACCAGCUGGUCUGGCCCACCCCACGGAUUUUGAAUCCUCUGGUAUUUCCUGCCAAUAUAACGGCAGACAUGGUGACUAUGGGAAUUGAUGGGCAGUUUCUGGAUGAUGACACUCUGGAGAAGAGGGGUUAUGAGCUGUACAUCAACAUUUCUGUAAUAGCCAUUUCUAUCCCAGUUGGAGCAGAAGGAGGCUUGACCAAGAGUCAUGUAAUCAACAACACCUAUGGAAUCAUCUACAACAUCCACUUGCUUCUGGAGCAUCAGUGGCUAGACCAUCUACAGGAACUGACUCAGCAUAGAAUAUAUCGCCUGGCAUCUACUCCCUUCAUUCCUAGAGUUCCUAAUGUCAUUGAUACUGACACCACUCAUCCCAAGAAACACUUCAAUAUCACAGUGGGACCCUUCCUUCCUGAUGUGGAGCUGGUAUCCAUUACAGUGGCUGACAGAAAUCUCUCUGUAGAUGAAUUGAAGAGACACGGCUACAGUAUUGACCCUAUUGUCUAUCCUAAUGAUACUAUUGGCUUCACCAUAGUGGUUGAUCUUGGAGCACCUUUCAUAAAACAGCAGUAUCUCUAUGAUGACAUCAGAAGAUACACGAUGAACAUGACUUUAAUCUUCAAUGUGAUACCAGAUGAGGUCUUCACUUUCCCAGUGAUAAAAAUGGUUGAUGUGCAUGAUGUUGUGCUUCCUGUUAUGAUGGGCUACUGUGGAGAUGCUGCACUCUACCUGCAACUGAAGCAUGGCAAUCUGGAUCACUACUGGCUUCCUUAUGUUGCUGAUGAGCUGCUUAGUUUUGAACUAGCUCAGAUGUAUGGUUACAUCACCAUGGAGAAUGGAACACACUUUUCCCUGGCAGUCCCCCUCUCCUCACCAAGAGUUAUUCAUGAGGCACUUUCUCUCAAUACACUGCAAGCUAGGAUUGACUUCAAAUUGAAGGACAACCAGACAUUGGAGGUGUACAGUAGCUUCACAGUAAAAUGUACCUUCUCCAUCCCUCAUGAGGAAGUGUUGGUGUGCUUUCAAAAUGGUACUGUUGCUGUCACUGUCCAGUCCACAGUCACACUUCCAAACAUUGAUGUUGAGAAACUAGUGCUGAGAGACCCAACAUGUGGACCCAAAGAACAAGAUGGAAUGAAGGCACUUUUUGUGUUUGAUAUCAACUCAUGUGGAACCAUUGGAUGGUUCACAAAGGAUUUCAUCAUUUAUGAAAAUGAGAUCUCCUACCCAAAAGAGAGAAUACCACUUCAUCUCCCUGUAAUAACCAGAGAUCCUGACUACAGACUGACCGUCCUGUGUCGUUACCCAAUCAAUGAGACUCUGAGCAUCCGGGCCCGCUUUGGUCACCUGCCUGCAGGAUUUGGCCUUCCUGAUGACCUGUCUCUAGUCAGGCAAAUGCUGGAAAGUGAAGUUCUGAAUCUACACGCAAGGCUGGCACGAGAUCUAACCUACACCAGUUUCUACAAAGAUGAAGACUACCCAGUACUUGUCCACAUGAUGCAGCCUCUCUAUUUUGAGAUUGAACUCCACAAUGAGAGCUCUAAUGCUGAAUUGUUCCUGGAAAACUGUUGGGCAACAGGCUCAGUGGAGAUGGUGGGACAGCCACAGUGGGACAUCAUUGUGGAUGGAUGUGAGAACCACAUGGAAACCCACAUGACCACCUUCCAUCCAGUGCUCACCAGGGAUGUGAAGAAUCCUUCUUCAUUGAAGAGGUUUGAAGUCAAAACCCUUGCGUCCAAUAAUUCUGAUGGAUUGCAGGGCCUGGUUUAUUUCCAUUGUAACGUUGCAGUUUGUGACUUGAGCAAUCCAGGUUCUCCUUGUGGAAGGAGAUGUGCCCCUGGCAAGCGAGGAGGCCGCACCAUUAACCACUCCGUCCAAGAGCUUCACAGUGCUGUAUCAUCCGGACCUAUAAGAAUCGUCACUCCUGAAAUGAUCCAGUCUCCAGAUCACAAGGAAACCAAUGAUGGAACACACAGGAAGUUUCCUUGGAUAGUGUUGCUGGCUAUUGGUGUAGCUGUGGGGAGCAGUGUCAUACUUCUGGCUGUGGUAUAUGCUGUUAAAUCCAGAUGUGCCUGAAUGUGUUGCUAAGUAAAUAAACGUCUAAUUAAAUCUACAA